UGGAGCCUGGCGGUGGCUCUAAAGGGGCUGCCUGGGCGCCUGGGGGUCUGCUAGGGGUUUCUCUGGGACCUGCAGGCUGCUCUGUGGUCUUCCAGGAUGUUUGGCUUGCAGGUGGACUGUGGCUUGCUGCUAGAGCCCCUGGGCUUCAUCAAACUCCUCGAGUGGAUUUUUUCCAUCUUUGCUUUUUCAACAUGUGGAGGUUUUCAUGGUGAGACUACCCUUUUGGUUUCCUGCAAGGGUGCGGUGAACCAAACAGUUACAGCUGCGUUUGCUUAUCCAUUCAGGUUGAAUACUGUUCGAUUUAGUGCACCAGUUUCUAAUCACUGUGCUGGUACUUGGACUGACACCUAUCUUGUGGGCAACUUCUCCUCUUCUGCACAGUUCUUUGUUACACUUGCAGUAUUGGCUUUCCUCUACUGUAUUGCUGCCCUGGUAGUAUAUAUUGGAUAUAAACAUGUGUAUCAGAACAAUAGCAAGUUUCCACUAAUUGACUUGGCUGUAACUAUUGUAACAACCUUUCUGUGGCUGGUCAGUACUUCUGCUUGGGCGAAGGCACUUGCUGAUAUCAAAAUAUCUACAGGGGCUGGUAUUAUCCCACUAAUUGACUCUUGCAGAGCUCCAAAUAUGAUUUGUUACUUUGGCUCUGUGACCAGCAUGAAGACUCUGAAUGUGUCUGUGGUAUUUGGUUUACUCAAUAUGAUUUUGUGGGGAGGAAAUAUCUGGUUUGUGUACAAGGACACCGACUUGCACAGCCAAUUCAUCAGAGGUUCUCAAGGGAUGUAUUCAGCUCAAAGAAUAUAAGAACAAGAUUAUCUUUCAAGUGCUUCUACUUUUUACAUCAGACUGCCAAGAAUCAUUAGGAUUUAUCUCAGUAAUAACUGAUGGUACAGAUUUGUUUCAUACAAAGUGUUACCUUGACUCAGUCUUCAGUAUUUCAACUGAAUUGUUACCUUGAAAUAUAUUGUGCCUUAACAAAAAGGCUGUAUGACUUUGUGCAAUAUUAUUAAGAGAAAAAUGUGGAGGUCACCUAAAUGCUGGCACACUGGGGGGUUCUUAUGUUAACAUCAUAGGAGGGAUGAGGAAGGAGCACUUAUUUGGGUUAUAACUGCAGUCUACUUAGUUCUAACAAGCCUUUACUGGAAGAAAAAAUGCAAAUACAACUAGGGCAUGUGGAAUCCCAAUGGAAAUGUAGUUCAUCUUCUUGGUAAGACUGAUACCACCAUGCCAAAGCCAUCUGCGUGAAGCCUGGAGUUCUGUCAGGAUUGUGACAUCUCACCUAGAUUUGCAGGACUCCAUUCACAUUUCAGCAUCAAAUCUGCCAACAGGUCUUUCUUGGAGGAUGUUGUUUUUAAUGUCAUUACUGUUUAGUAUCUUAGCACAAUCUUCAGACAAGAAAACUGUCUAAUGUUUCAGUGGAAGUUCACUUACCAAAGGUGUGUGUGCAGUAGGUGACUUAGUGACUCCAAACUUGCUCACAUAUCGUGUACUCCAAAGCUAAUACAUUCUAAUGGCUAAUAUUAGAGUUUUCAUUCCUUCCUCUGAAGGAUAUGAACAGUCUUUGCAUGGACUAGAGAUGUCUGGAUAUGUGAAAGUCGUCAUUGACACUGCUCAGCUCACUUGUAUUUACUGAGAGCAAUAUUUGAUGGUUCCUGUGGACAUCUAUGUCAAGAUACCUAACUUUGAAUUGCCAAGUAAGAGUGUGUCUUGUCCAAUAACCUCUCAUUUCAUCUUUGGUUUCCUUAAGCUAUGUAUUGAAAUAAGUAUGGGUGUGUCACUGUAUAUGAUGUGAACUUAAACUGUUGAAUGUGCAAGAGCUGAAUUUCUGGUAGUAAACUUCUAGGUAUAAUAAAGUUAGUGUGGCUGCUGCAAAAAUAA